AUGGCACAGUUUAGGGAGACAGAGUCGGUUCGAUUGUGCCUCAAGCACUUUCGGCAGCGCAAGCUAUUCGAUGCAUUCAAAGCACUUCAGGAGCGCACUCACACACGACUGGAGGACCCCUUAUUGACGAAACUGCAUCAGGAACUCGUACUCCGUGGCAACUUUAAACGGGCAGAGGAACUCAUUGCCGAGGCUGCAGAGCGUGGACUAUUUGACCAGUACAUUCAAGCGUACGACUACAAGCCCAUCUGGAAGAGGCUUCGAUCCAACAGCCAUCGCCAGGGCGUCCAUCAUCACCACCACUCCCACCAGUCAUCUCACCUAGAAGAUAGUCCACGACAUCGUGGAGGACACCAGAUGUGCAUUGAUACAAAGGGAGGCUAUGUCUACCUGAUGGGAGGAUGGGAUGGUGCGCGUGAUCUGGCCGACUUUUGGGCAUAUCAUAUCCCCUCACAGACUUGGAUUCUCAUCUCAGCCGACACAUCAUUACAAGGAGGCCCAAGUGCAAGGUCUUGCCACAAGAUCUGCUACAGUCCUCAGCACCAGGCGCUGUUCCUUCUAGGAAAGUACGUUGACCCUGACAACAGGAGCAAGGUUGACUUGUGUUCUGAUUUUUGGCGAUUUGACAUUGACCCAUCGUCGCCUCCUCAUGGUCGUUGGACAAAGAUCUGUGGCAACACUGCAGUGAUGAAUGGUCCAGAGCUGAUUUACGACCAUCAGAUGUGCCUUGACCCAGUCUCUCAGAUGCUGUAUGUCUUUGGAGGAAGGGUGGUUCAUUUGGACAAGAAUGUUCAGCACUACAGUGGUCUGUACUCCUACCACAUCCCUUCUGGUAUCUGGAAGCUUCUUCGAGCAGACGGACAUGCCGCCCCAAAGCAGGAUGGCACGACUGUAUUACGGUCACGUAUCGGACACUCUAUGCUCUACGACGAGGCCAUGCGCAGUCUCGUUAUCUUUGCCGGUCAGAUGAACAAGGACUACCUCUCGGACUUUUACGUCUACGACAUUGCGGCAGAUCGGGUGAUUGAAGUCUGCAAGGAUUACAACAAGCAAGGAGGACCUGAGGCGGGAUUUACACAGAGAGCCACCAUUUCUUCAAAGGGGCGAGAGAUCUAUGUUCUGUCUGGAUUGGUCAAGGACAGGGCGCUUGGAGCAGAGACCGUCAAGAACAGCUUUUGGGUGUUCAAGCUGCCUGGGCAGGACCAAAUGGAUGCUAUCCGUGAUGUGCAGUAUGCUUUGGCAAAUGCGAAGACAUCGGGGUCGAUAGGGUCCCUCGAGAGCAUAAUGAGCCAUGGUCGGUCGCUGUCUGGGCAGUCUGAGCAGAACAUUGACCGUGCCGAUGGUACUUCACGGUCCAGUUCAACACGCAGGAAGAUCGGAGAUGACGUUGGUCAUGGCCGCCGUGAUUUCGGUCGAAGGAGUUCUGGGCGCAUCAGCGGGCCAGCACACGAGUCGUCAUCAACAGCCGACGUGGCAUUUUCAGGUGGUGACGCGUCUUCAACAGGGACGAUUCAAACAAGGAGUUCGAGUGCAGCAGGAGCAGGAAGCAGCAACAAGCGGACGAGCAGCACGAGAUCAGGAUCUCCACCUUCCUUCCACCUAGCCAGGGCAAACGGCGAUCUGAUGGGCUCCUACUCGACUAGCCAUCGGGUGGCGCCAAAUGGACGGGAAGGGGCAGUCCCUGGUAUUUCAUCAGCAAACUCCAUCCCAAGUAUGCAUCGUCGGCCGUCUCUCACGAGGGCUCGACCUGAUGAUACCGCUGAGCCCAUGUCUUUGGCCUAUGUCCUGAGUGACCAAGGUUCUUGGCAAAAGAUCUUUCAAAACUCGAGUCCGGAGUUGGGCGAGCCCAGCGAACCCGAACCAGCGCCUCGUUACGCCCACCAGCUUGUCUAUGAUGACAUCAAUGAGGUACAAUAUCUCUUCGGCGGUAACCCCGGAGAGCAGGGCAACAUGAGCAAGCGUCUCGACGACUUUUGGGAACUUCGACUCUACAGACCAACGCCGGAUCAGAUUGUGAGAAAGGCCAAGUAUCUCCUUCGUACACAGCUGUUCAAGGAGCUAUGCCAGCGACCAGAGACAUCCGUACUCACGAGCACCACACCCGCCAGUCUAUCAACACCACCACAGCCCAAUGGGUCUUCAUCCAGCAGGAAGAACAGCAAUCGAUCAACUCACUCCAGUACUGGACUGAUCCAGCGCGGAACACCAGAGCACCACGAUCAGUCUCAGCGAGCGCUUAGCUUCCUCAGGAACGAGCUCAGUGUAGUGGUUGACCAAACCAACAAGGCCGAGAGCGAAGAAUUCAAGUCCUUGAUCCGUGGGCUUUUGCUAGGCGCCUUUUCACCCUCGGCAGGACUAUCAUCGUCGCUGUCUAAAUCCCAAAAGCCCUCAUUUGCCUUUACGGGUACGCGGACCAACCAUGCUGCAGGAAGUAUGGGCAACCCACUGAGAACGACUGUCUUGUUGGCGCCUUCCCCGAUCUCGUCACCCUCGAUCAAUAGCACGAGAUUGAUGCUCUCGUCUCACAAUCCUUCAUCGGGAAGAGGCCAACACGACCAUAAUUACAGCACUACCUCUGGAACAAGACCCUUCCUUGCGUCCCCGGAUGGUAGCCGCAGGAAUAUGCCUGCGUUUGGUAGGGACGACCAGCAGAAGAUUGAUGAGAAUGGACAGGAUGCUGACCGUGAGGAUGAGGACUCAGCGAUGCAAGGCCCCUACUCGCCACUCGAAUCUAAUCGGACUCCUCGUUCGUCUCGUCAGAGAGGAGGAGCGACAAAUGCUUCAGCUGUUGCUGAUGGCGGUGUUGUUGGUGGUGAGGAUCUGGAUAUCAAGGGGCUGGACCAUAAUGGGGACCAAAUCCAGCCCCGAUCGUCUAACAAUCAACGAGACAACAGUUCAGACGACCUCUCUGCCGGUGACAGGAGCGACCAGGACAACUCGAGCGACACUGGCACCGCGAUGGACGAAGAUAUCGAUGAGGUCCGUAGCGACGACAACGGUGACGACGGCGGCAACGAUGACGAGUACCUGGAUAUUGACUUGGAUGACCAGGAUCCGGUCAUGAAGGGGUUCUACCGCGACCGUACGAUGUUGUUUGAGCGACUCCUCGAGUUCUUUGCUGAGGAUGCCAAGCAGCCCAAGGGCGAUCUGACCGACCUUGUCAAAGUCGGUUAA